GGGUUGGAAAUGGCACAUAAGCGACUAAAAACCAAUAAGACAGUGCGUGCCUCAAGUUCUCAAACACAUUUGGAGUCUUCAAAGAGCUGUCAAAAUAAGGAACAAUCUGCUUUGCCUCAAAAUAAUGUCCAACAUGUGAAUGAAGAAGUAGAUCAAGUCACGGUUCCACCAAAGCCUAAAAAGCUUCGAGGUUACACGCGUAUGAUUGAGAUAUGGGACUUGGAAAAAGAGGAACAAGUGAUAGUUGAAGUGAAUGCUCACCAUAUUCCAAUAGGUGAUUCAGCUGCAAAGCUAACUAGGUUCAUUGGUACCAUGGUUAGAAUGUCCGAUUUUGCCCCAUUGAGUUACACGACUUGGCCUCAACUUCCAGCUAGAAAGAAGAAUGAAAUGUGGGAGAUGAUUAAGGAGAAGUUUCAGUUCAAAACAUUGGAUGGAAAAGAGGUUAUAGAUGGAGAGGCUUUUAAAUGUAUAAAUGUGUGGGCACUUGAGAACAUGAGUACUAAGUGGAGGUCAUGGAAAAAUGAAUUGAAAAGCGAGUACUUCGAUGAAACGAUGACACCACAUGAAAUGUCUUCAAAGGUUGAUGACAGUCGAGUGGAUAAAGAUCAGUUCAUUAGCAUUGCAAAAUAUUGGCUUACUGAUGAAGCAAAGGAACAAAGCACCAAAAAUAAGGAAAAUUGUUCUAAAUCAAAAGAGCCUCAUUGCACAGGAACAAAGUCUUUUCCGAGAGUUAUUCAUGAGAUGACAGAAGAAAGCAAUGGUAUUCAUCCAUCACGUGCUAAGGUUUAUGUUCGUACUCGAACACGAAAAAAUGGGAGCAUUGUGAAUGAUGAAGCUGCUGAAGUUGUG